AUGAAACCAGUAUUAUCAUCUAUUAGUGAUCAUUGUCAUCUUUUCAUCUCUGCUACUACUAUUCUAUUCUUUCUAAUAAUAUCAAUUAAUGCUCAAAGUAAUAAUACAACACCAUCAUCAUUUGGAAGUCAUGAUUUAAAAGAUGGAACAGUUUCAUCAUUUACUAUUAAUCAGGAUUCUAAUGGAAAUUAUCAAUGUAAUUCAUUAUCAUUAUCUCAAGUAGAAUUGAAAAUACAAGAUAAUAUAUUAACAUUUAGUAAAUCAUUAUUAUCAAGUGAUGAUAAUAACAAACAAACAAUAUUAACUUGUUAUUCAAAUAAUGAUGAUACAACAGGUGAAAAACAUACAUGUCAAAUGGCAAUUGAUACUACAACAACAAGAAGUAUCUGUUUGAAAAUGAAGAAUACACUAUCUUCCGAUAAGAAAUUAUCAUUGGCAAUUAAUUAUGAUUCUAAUAAUUGUGCAAGUAAUAAUUUUGAUAUUCAAGCCAAGUGUUCAAAUCCCACUUCAUUAACAAGUGCCUCACCAUUCAUUAUUACAUUUAAUUAUGAUGCAUCAUCCUCUAUAAAUCCUAGUACAUUAGUGGGUGGCAUUAUUGCACUCUUUUUGUUCGGAGUUAUUAUUGUUGCAGGUGGAGCAUUUGGUUAUUGGUAUUUCAUUCAAAAGAGAAGAGAAAAAUUAUUAGCAGGUGAUAAUCCUUAA